CCUCCUCAUUUGACUUGUUCCAUUUUGUUUCUUCAUUCUUUUUUUCCAAAACAAAGGAAGGAAUCAGGAAAGGCCCUUGAAAAUGUUGCAACUUUUGCAGCUUAUUUCCUCGACGAUACUGGAACUAAGUAUUUAUCUUUGAUUCCUUUUGUAUCAGGAAGCUGCGAACUGAGAUCUCAAUGGAACUUGAAAACACAAAACUUCAUCCUAUUUUUCUUCACACUUUUAUCUGUUCGUUGCUGGGUAUUCUUACUGCAACUAUGGGUACUGAAUCUGAUAUUUCUUGCUUGAAAUCUAUUAAAGCUUCAUUGGAAGACCCUUAUGGUUACUUGAAAUCUUCAUGGUACUUCAGCAACUAUACACAAGGCUUUAUCUGUAGUUUCACCGGAGUAGACUGUUGGCAUGACGAUGAGGACAGGGUUUUAAAUCUACGACUCUCUGAUAUGGGGCUCAGGGGCCGAUUCCCUCAGGGGAUUGAGAAUUGUACAAGCCUAACAGGCCUGGAUCUUUCCAAUAAUGAGCUUGAGGGACCAAUUCCAUCUGAUAUCUCGAAGAAACUUCCAUUUGUUACAAGCCUUGAUCUUUCCUUCAACAAAUUUUCCGGUGAAAUCCCAUCAAGCAUUGCCGGUUGUUACCAUCUGAAUGUUCUUAAACUAGAUCACAACCGACUGACAGGUCAUAUUCCACAGGAACUUGGUUGGCUCAGUAGGAUCAAGACCUUUAGUGUCUCCGAUAAUCAAUUAUCAGGGUCAGUGCCAGUCUUUCUAAACCCUACAGUUUCAGCCGACGUCUACGCAAAUAACAUUGGGCUCUGUGGGGGGCCUUUACAAAGGUGCCCAGAUAAUUCAAGGAAAUUUAACUGGAGAUUUGAUUACUCAUUCAAAAGUGGGUUUGCAAUUGGCUAUGCAGUUUCUCUCAUUUCAGCUUUAGUCAUAUACGCGUCCUAUUGUGUGCCUUGGGUUUAUAUGGGGAAAAAGAAUGGGAUGAUCACAAUACCAGAACUGGUAAAGUUGAUGCUGAUAAGGAAGAAUGAAAAGCCAGAGCUUGACCAACUGGGUAGUUUGUCAACAAUGGAGUUUCUGCUGGAGAAAGAGGUUUCUACCUCGGAAACCUUUGUUACGAGAAUGAGCUCUGUAGAUCUGUGCAAUGCCACUGAAAAUUUUAGCAAGCAUAAUAUUAUUGGAGUGGGACUAACAGGGAUAAUGUACAAGGCAAGCCUUCUUAAUGGUUGGUCCCUCGCAGUCAAGAAAUUAUAUAUUUCUGAACAAACUGAAGAACAGUUCAUAUCUGAAUUGAAGACAUUAGGUAGACUAAGACAUGAUAACUUGAUUCCACUCAUUGGAUUCUGCAAAGAACAAAAAACAAGGUUUCUGGUGUAUAAAUAUGUAUCAAAUGGAAACCUUUUCGAUUGGUUACACUCAGAGGGAGACAAGAAGAAAAUCUUGAAAUGGCCUUUGAGGAUCAGAAUUGCUGCUGGUGUAGCCAAAGGCUUGGCAUGGCUCCACCAUUGCUGCAGUUUUCGUGUAGCUCAUCUUAACAUAAGCUCCAAAAGUGUUUUACUUGAUAAGAAUUUUGAGCCCAAGUUAUCAAAUUUUGGAAUGUCUAGCUUCAUCAAUCCAAAUGAGGUCAACUCAAGCAGCAGGGGUUUCAUCAUGGAUGUUGAAUUUUGGGAGGAGUGUUUUCUUAAGGAAGAUGUUUUCAACUUUGGAAAUUUGCUUCUUGAGUUGAUAACAGGAAAAAUGGGUAUUGCUUUGAGCAGUUGUUAUGGAAGCUUGGAUGAAUGGUUAAGAGAUCUCUCUUGUAGCUCUCCAAGUGUAUCUGAUUCUAUUGAUGAGGUUGUGAAAGGGCAAGGACAUGAUCAUGAGAUCUUUCAGUGCCUGAAAAUAGCUUGUGAUUGUGUUCAGCGAUUUCCAGAGAAAAGGCCAACCAUGCUUGACGUCUACAUGAAAAUUAGUAACAUUUAUAGCUAAUUGAACUCUGCAAAUUGAAAUUGGUGCAGCAAAUUCAGAGAUGAUUUAAGCAGGACAAGCCUUGUCAGUGGAAGCAAAAGCAUAAGCCUCCUUCUGCUACAUUGAGACUGAGAUUCUAUUAUAAUUUAAAUUUAGAGUAUGUUCAGAAUGCAAUCUUUGCUCAUGAUUUAA